AUGGGAGCAGGGGGACCCCCAGCCUGCCUCGAGGGCAAGAUGCAGGUGAAGCCCAAGCCGCUGCAGAACCAGAACUUCUGCUCUCGCCUGUUCUUCUGGUGGCUAAACCCGUUGUUUAAAAUUGGUCACAAGCGGAGGUUAGAAGAAGAUGACACAUACCCAGUGCUUCCGGAAGAUGGCUCCAGGCACCUUGGGGAAGAGCUGCAAGGGUACUGGGAUCAAGAAGUUUUGAGAGCCGAGAAGGAUGCACGGGAGCCUUCUUUAACGAAAGCAAUCAUAAAGUGUUACUGGAAAUCCUUUUUAGUUUUGGGAAUUUUUACGUUUCUUGAGGAAGGCACCAAAGUAGUUCAGCCCAUAAUUUUGGGGAAAAUUAUUAGUUAUGUUGAAAACUAUGAUCCCACCAAUUCUGCUGCUUUGUGCGAAGCCUACGGCUAUGCUGCAGGGAUGAGUGCCUGCGUGCUCAUCUGGGCCAUCCUGCACCACUUGUACUUCUAUCACAUUCAGCGUGUGGGGAUGAGGCUAAGAGUAGCCAUGUGCCAUAUGAUUUACCACAAGGUACUUCACCUGAGUAACUUGGCCAUGGGCAAGACCACCACAGGCCAGAUAGUCAACCUGCUGUCCAACGAUGUGAACAGAUUUGAUCAGGUAACAAUGUUCUUGCACUUUCUGUGGGUGGGGCCACUGCAGGCAAUCGCAGUGACUGCCCUGCUCUGGAUGGAAAUAGGAAUAUCAUGUCUUGCUGGGAUGGCAGUUCUAAUUAUCCUUCUGCUUUUGCAAAGCUGCAUCGGGAAGUUGUUUUCAUCACUCCGGAGUAAGACCGCAGAUUUCACAGACGACAGGAUCAGGACCAUGGGCGAAGUUAUAAAUGGCAUCAGAACAAUAAAAAUGUAUGCUUGGGAGAAGUCAUUUGCAGACCUUCUUACCAGCUUGAGAAGGAAGGAAAUUUCCAAGAUUCUGAGAAGUUCCUACCUUAGAGGAGUGAGUUUGGCAUCAUUUUUCGCUGUAAGCAAAGUCAUGGUUUUUGUCACCUUCAUCACCAAUGAGCUCCUGGACAACGUGAUCACAGCCAGCCAAGUGUUUGUGGUGGUGACACUGUACGAGGCUGUGAGGUUUACGGGCACCCUCUACUUCCCCAUGGCCGUGGAGAAGGUGUCAGAGGCAGUCAUCAGCAUCCGAAGAAUCAAGAACUUUCUGUCACUUGAUGAGAUAUCACAGCACAACCUUCAGCUGCCAUCAGAUGGUAAAACAAUAGUGCACGUGCAAGAUUUCACUGCUUUUUGGGAUAAGGCAUCAGAAACCCCAACCCUACAAGGCCUUUCCUUUACUGUCAGACCCGGGGAACUGUUAGCUGUGGUUGGACCUGUGGGAGCAGGAAAGUCGUCACUGUUAAGAGCUGUGCUGGGGGAGCUGCCCCCGAGCCAGGGGCUGGUCAGCGUGCUCAGGAGGAUCGCCUGUGUUUCUCAGCAGCCCUGGGUGUUUUCAGGAACUGUGAGGAGUAAUAUUUUAUUUGGGAAGAAAUAUGAAGAAGAUCGAUAUGAAGAAGUAAUAAAGGCUUGUGCUUUGAAAGAGGAUUUCCAGCUUUUGGAGAGUGGAGAUCUAACUGUGAUAGGAGAUGGAGGAACCAGGCUGAGUGCAGGGCAGAAAGCCUGUGUCAGCCUUGCAAAAGCCGUGUAUCAGGAUGCAGACAUCUACCUCCUGCACGAUCCACUCAGCGCAGUGGAUGCUGGAGUCAGCAGGCACUUGUUCCAACAGUGUAUUCGUCAAGCUUUGCAUGAGCAGAUCACAAUCUUAGUGACUCAUCAGCUGCAGUUCCUAAAGGAUGCAAGUCAGAUUCUGAUAUUGAAACAUUUUUACACCCCCUUCUUCUAUGAGUCAGUGGUAUUCAUGCCUUUGAGGAUGAAUAUGAAAACCUGUAGAGAUGUCACUACUACACACUAA